AUCCCAUUCCAAAACUAUUCACUCAUCUAUGGAACUUGCAAACUCUCGUGUUCAAUACAUCCCAAACUACAGUUGAUGUUAAGGCUGAGAUAUGGAACAUGCCAAAACUAAGACAUAUCCAGUCUAAUGCUUCUUUGCAACUCCCCCCUCCUAAUUCACAAAGUUGCAAAGCAUCAUGUCCAGAAUUGCAAACUCUUUCCACCAUAUCACCCAAAAGCUGCACUGAAGAGAUCUUUGACAAUACGCCUAACCUUCAGAAACUAGGCGUCCGUGGGAAUAUUGUAGCAGAGCUUCUAGAGAGCAAUGAAGGAAUUUGCUGCUUGUUUAACAAUAUACGAAAGCUGGAGAAACUCGAAAAUCUGAAACUCAUGGAUGAAGCUUUCAAUGAUGAAGCUACCACACUGCAGCGGCCUAUUAUUCCACAAGCUGAUAGAUUCCCAAUCAGGUUAAGAAAGCUGACUUUAUCCAAGACAUCCUUUGAUUGGAAAUACAUUUGUGCUUUGGGAUCCCUGGACGAGCUGGAGGUCCUCAAAUUGGAGGAGUUUUCAGCCAAGGGAGAGUGUUGGGAACUCAACGUUAACGUUGUUUUCAAGAGCCUCCAAUUCUUGCGUAUUGGGAGAACGGAUUUGGUGUACUGGAGUUGUGAGCAGAGUAGCUUCCCGGCAUUGAAACGGCUUCACAUAUUGCAUUGUGAAAACCUUAAUGAAGUUCCACUUUCAUUUAAGGAUGUGAAGAGCCUUAAGAUUAUUGAGUUGUUUUAUACCAACAAACGGGCUGCUACUUCUGCAAGGAAUAUAAGAGACCAGAAACCUAAGUUGGAUUUUGUGCUCUCUAUUUUGCCUCUUCAUCAUUGACUGCUUCAACUCCAUCUAUUGCAAUGGUGCCUGUUUCUACAAAUCAAAAGGAGUAUCGAAUAAC